AUGGUCCCAUUUUCACUCGGACACUUGAUUGGUGCAAUCCUCGGUCUGUGGUUCAAAUUCCACACGCAAUGGCCAGUACUUCGUCAUGUGUUUGAUUUUCGAAUGCCACAAUGGCAAUGUGUCACCACAUUUCACGAGAUUCUAUCACCUCAUGGCCGGAUCAAUCGGUCCACUGAUCUUGCAGUAUUUGAUAUUCUUCCUCGUGAACGAAUGAAACGCAAUGCUCAGUUAAUCCACAUGGACAAGAUCUUUCUCCUUUCAGUCGUCACAUCCAGUCAUGUCACAAUUCCACGCGUUGAAAUUACUCUCAUCCUACUUGUCCUGGUCUUCAUCAUUACUGCUGUCAUUGGGUUUACCAGAGGUCACACUGCAGUGGCAUGCUUUUCACUUGUCUGCUCCAUAAAAACCCUUUUACGUUUACGACGACAACUUCAAAACCUGGACUUUGCCUCGAUUCCAUCAUUAUAUGCUCUAUUGCUUGUCAUGCGCCGCCAUGUUCACAUGCUCCACAUGAUUUUUGACGGAUUUGAUCGGGAAGUAUGGCAUGAAAAUGACGGAGCAGUGAACCUUUACUCAAUGCAACAACCUUGGACGUCAGCGCUUGAUAAACCAUUCAAAACAUUUGCUCAAGGUGACAUAGAGUUGACAACAUCACCAUCUCUCUCAACCCUCUUGGAACCAGCGCAACGUGCUGCAGUUUCCGUGACAGAAUCCGUACGUUUGCUCAGUACUCCAAGGUUUGAGGAAAAAGGGAUGAACGUCAAAGCAGAAAGUCAAAGACUAGAUCUUGAUCCAACGGAACCGGCCAAUUUUUCACAGUUGCGACGUGGACAAUGGUAUCGUCACCGAGUCAACAAGAAUCACAUGGCUGGGACGCAUUUUGACAGUGAUUCACCGGCAUUAUUCCAGCGGCUUUUUCGAGUCAUGGCAAACCAUUUUGAAACCGCUCCCUGA